AUGUCUGGGAAGGAAGCAAGUUUAAUAUUGUUAGAUGUAGGAGCAUCUAUGUAUGGAGAAUAUUAAAUGGGAGGAGGAAAGAAGUUAAGUAGAUUAGAAUUGGCAGUAGAUUGUUUAGGAUUGAUGAUUCAAUAAAAGAUAUUUAAUUAUAAGAAUCAUGAGGUAGGAUUGAUAUUAUUUGGAACAGAAGAGGCACCAGAUGGAAAGACAUUAUAUAUAUAAGAUUUAUCAAUUCCAGAUUUAGAUUUUUUUAGGAAUGUAAGUGAAUUACCAAAUCAUGAUGUUGGAUUAUAAGUAGGGGGAGAUAUAUUUGAUGCAUUAGAUAAGGCAGUUCAUGUAUUAGAUGAUCAUACUAAGACAAAGAGAAUGGAGAAAAAGAUAUAUAUAUUAACAGCAGGUUGUGGAUAAACUGAUUAUAGUGAGAAAUAGAUUACUAAAUUAAUAAAAAUGAUAGAGAAAGUGGAUGUAAAGAUAAAUUUUAUAGCACUUGAUUUUAUGAAUGAUUAUAAUGGUGAUAUGGAUGAUCCAGAUAAACCUGAAGAAUAUGAAGCUUUAAAUAAUAGAAUGUUAACUGCAUCAUAUUAAUGUUAAGAAUAAUCUAUAAAUUCUAGAUAUGUAUUUUUAAUGGUUUAAGAAUUAAGAAAUAAUAUGAGAAUAUUUCCAGCAAAUGUUGCAUUUGAAUUAUAUUCCCAAUUUCAUACUAGAUCAUUAUAAGCAAGAGCAUCAUUCAGAGGAGAUUUUCAAAUUAAUGAUGAGAUUUCAAUUUAAGUAUUAAUUUAUAAAAGAUGUUUUGAAGAAAGAUUACCAACACUUAAAAAACAUUCAACACUUGGAUAAUUUUAAAUUGAUAUAAAUAAGAAUCACGUAAGAAAUGAUCUUAUUUAUUACAAUCCAGAAGAUCCAAAUAUGACACCUAUAGAAAAAGAGAAUAUUAUAAGAGGAUAUUAAUAUGGUAGAAAUUUGGUACCAGUAGAUUAAAUAAUGGAAGAUAAAAUGAAAUAUCAAUGUCCUCGUUAAUUUUAAUUAUUGGGAUUUGUAGAUAGAACAUAAAUACCUAGAUAUUAUUAUACAUCUACUGUAGAUAUGGUAAUCUCAGUAGAAAAUUAAAAAUAAUAAAAAGCAUUAGCUGCUCUUGUAAUUGCAUUAAUUGCAACUAGAAAAGUAGCUAUAGCUAGAUUUGUAGGUCGAGAAAGAACUGCACCUAAAUUGAUUAUGUUAUUACCACAUAAAUCUAAAAAUUCAUAAUGUUUUUGGAUGAUAUCAUUACCUACUACAGAAGAUAUUAGACAUUUUCAAUUUGCUGCAUUAAAAAGAUCUACACCUAAUUAAUAAAUGGCUGUUGCUGCUAUGAUUGAUUCUAUGGAUUUAUAAAAAAUGCCAACUGAAGAUGGAUAAUUUGAAGAACUUCUUAAAAUGAAAUAUGUUGCUAAUCCAACUAGAUAAUAUUUUUAAUAAGUUAUUAUGCAUAAAGCUAUCACUAGAACUGAUAUUUUACCUCCUAUUUCUCCUCUUAUUUUAGAGUAUUUACAUCCUGAAAUUAAGGUUUAUGAUUAUGCUAAAGAAGCACUAUCCAAAAUUAAAGCUGCAUUCAAAUUUAAGAUAAAUGAAUUAAAAAAAUAAACUGAUAAAAAAGUAUUCUGGAAAUAACUCUUUGAUUAAUAAUCUACAACAUAAUAAAUCUAACCAGAUGAUGAAGUAGUAGAAAUCAAUUAAGAAGAAGAAGAAAUGGUUAGCAUGUUUGCUAAAUAAAAAUUAGGAUUUAAUGAUGAAAUUAUCAAAGAAAUUGGAACUGUUGAUCCUAUCUCAGAUUUUAAAAAAAUGAUUACUGAAAAAAGAAUAGAUCUUGUUGAUACUGCCUUAUAAUAGAUUCAAAAGAUAAUAAUUUAAUUUGUUGAUUAAUCUCUUAAAGGAAGUUUCUACCCUAAAGCAUUAGAAUGUCUUAAAGAAAUGAGAAGAGCAUGUAUAUCAGAAGAUGAAACAAAUGUUUUUAAUAAAUAUCUCCAUGCUCUUAAAGAUAAAUAUAGUUAACUUGUAUUUUGGGCAUAAAUAGUUUAAUAAGGAAUAACAUUAAUAAGCAAUGUAGAAAAUCAAAAAUCUAAUGUUACAGCUGAAGAAGCUUAAGAAUUCCUUAAUAAAGAAGAUAUUAGUCAUAAACAAUUAGUUGAUCAAUUACAACAUGAAGAAGAAGAUUUAUUAGCUGAAAUAGAUUGA